GAAUCCUGUUAUAUUCAAAUAUGUAUGUUUGUGUAUUCACAAGAUAAAAUUCUUAUUCCAGGAAAUCAGAUAAUGGAGAUAGGCAUUCAGACCCAGAUUCUGAUUGGAACCGAUCAAAUCAACGAUGGAUGAAGCUCAGAACAACAGUACAAAUAUCUUCAGCAAUACAGAAAAAACCGCCGUUAAAACGUGAGGACUCUUUUUUAAAACGUUUUUCAACACGGCAAAUUCCAGAAGCACAGGAAACGGUUGAGGACACUGGAUCAGAGAGUGCAUCUGGUGGAACUGACAAAAGUGUAAAGCGUCGGCGGAGAUUCUUACACAAGCGACGGUCUGUUGUCAAUCCUGAUGAAAACUUUUAUUUCUAUUGGCUAAUGAUACUUACGGUAUCCGUUUUAUAUAAUUUAUGGGCUCUAAUUGUACGGCAAAGCUUUCCCGAACUCCAGCAAGCUGUUCCUAUAUUUUGGUUCGUUUGUGAUACGCUCACGGAUGUCGUCUUCGUAUUCGAUAUCGUCGUUCAGCUACGUACAGGAUAUCUGGAACAAGGAUUGAUGGUCUAUGAUGAUAAAAAAUUGGCACUUCAUUAUAUUCAUUCCACAGAUUUUGUUUUCGAUAUGAUCUCGUUAGUUCCUUUGGAUUUGAUACAACUGAAAAUUGGUUCACAACCUCUUUUACGAUUUUCACGAUUUUUUAAGGUAUAUCGAUGCGUCAAAUUCUAUUACAUUGUUGAAAGUAGAACUGUUUGGCCAAAUUUGUGGCGGGUAAUAAACUUAAUACACAUCCUUCUAAUUUUGGCGCAUUGGUUCGGUUGUUUUUAUUAUCUUUUAUCGGAAGCCGAAGGAUUUCAGGGUGACUGGGUAUAUCCCUACAGACCAGGCGAUUAUGCUACAUUGACGAGGAAAUACCUUGGGAGCCUUUAUUGGUCGACGCUCACUUUAACUACAAUCGGAGAUCUACCUACACCUGAAACAAAUGCAGAGUACAUUUUUACAAUUGUCAGCUAUCUUAUUGGAGUAUUUAUUUUUGCAACCAUUGUGGGUCAAGUUGGAAAUGUGAUAACCAAUCGUAAUGCUAACCGCUUGGAAUUCGAGCGGCUAUUGGAUGGAGCAAAAACUUACAUGCGUCAUCAUAAGGUUCCAGGUGGAAUGAAACGACGGGUCCUUCGUUGGUACGACUACAGCUGGUCUAGAGGGCGUAUCCAGGGAGGUGGUGAUAUAAAUACAGCUUUGGGUCUAUUGCCGGAUAAGCUAAAAACAGAACUAGCGUUACACGUUAACUUGAGUGUCUUAAAGAAAGUCACUAUAUUUCAAGAGUGCCAACCAGAAUUUUUACACGAUUUGGUUUUGAAAAUGAAAGCAUACAUAUUUACACCAGGAGACUCUAUCUGUCGGAAAGGUGAAGUAGCGAGGGAAAUGUUUAUAAUAGCUGAUGGCAUACUGGAAGUACUUAGCGAGACAGGAAAAGUAUUAACCACAAUGAAAGCUGGCGAUUUUUUUGGCGAAAUAGGAAUUCUAAACUUGGAUGGCCUUAAUAAGCGCACCGCUGAUGUCCGUUCAGUUGGCUAUUCAGAACUCUUUUCAUUAUCCAGGGAGGAUGUACUUGCCGCUAUGAAAGACUAUCCAGAAGCACAAGAAAUUUUACAAACUCUUGGUCGUAAACGGCUAAUGGAAGUGCGGUGUGUAAAUAAGAAGUAUGCGAAAGCACAAAGUAACAAAGAUCAGUCGGACCAUCAAACUGUAUAUAGCAAUAUUAAUCGAAGUGACAGUAGCGAAAAUAGUGCCUCAAAAAAAAUUGUGUACAAAUUAAGAAACGAUGUAAAAGGAAUACGAAGCCUUCUGAAAAAUGCAAGGACGAGCAGAAGAAGUGAUGAAUCGCUAGAAAUGCAACCGCUACAUGAAAUUUCAAAUAAAGGAAAUAAAACAGCUUUGAAGAGAAUGUCACAUGUGCGGUCAGAAGAGAAGGAGGAAAUUAAAGAAAAAGUCCAUCAAGACAAAACACCGAGUCCAAUUGGUGCUGGACUGCCAUUACUUCAAAGGCUACGUUUACUCAAAGAGAAGCAAGACCGGGAGGAGAGGGCGGUCAAACCAACGAUACAACAUCAGAUAUCCCCACCUCACACACAUGUUGCUAGCGCCUUAUCGCCACAGGAAUCAAUUCAAGAAGAGCCCGAGACUGAAGUUAAUGAGGUCCUUCCGCUGAUGCAAAGGCUACAACUGUUAAAAAAUAAGCAAGAAACGAAUUGCGGCGAUAUAAAAUCCGGAAUCAAAUCUAAUGCGGCUGUGUCUCUGAAGCAGAAGAUCCAAAUGCUUAAUUUAGCCGGAGUGACAAACCCUGAUUCUUUGGAAAGUAAGCCAAAAGAGGAUAAAUCACCUACCAUUGGAGAUAUCAGCCAAACAAAUCCCCUCAGAGUACGUGAAGAACAAAAUCAGAUUAAACGCGAUCAAGGUGCAAUUAGUAAAUCGCCCAAGGCGGUAUCAGGAAAGUCAUUAAAAUUCAUAAAGCCGUCCAUGAACACCUCAUCAGAGCGCUCAGAUAGUGAUAUAUCCAUUAAGCCAUGGUCCAAAUUAAAAUCAGCUACGUUAAUAUCAACAAGCUAUAAUAAUUUAGCUAAAUUUUCCCCAGGAGAUUCUGACAUAGAAGUAAAAACAUUUUCUUCAAAUGACACAACUCAAACGCUAACCUCUGUUACAACAUCUACACGAGCAGCAGCAACAUCAGAUCUCAAUACAACACACGCAAAAGCUUUCGAUCAUUUGCGAAAACAAAAUAAACUAACAACUGCAAGUAAAAACGGCGAUGGUAAAAAAUGUUAUCACUCCGUUUUCGACUUGUCGCCCGAGUAUAGUGGAUUGCCAUUUGUAAAGCGGCUGAAAAUUUUAAACGAACGUCAGAAAUUAGCUGAACUCGAAAAAGUUGUACAAAUGAGAAGUUUUAGUUUGGAUAGUUCCAAAACCAGUAAUCAAAUCGCUAUAUCAGAACCUUUGUACCGGUGUUUGAGUGACACAUCUGGAAUGUACUCGCAAUUCCUCUCAGCAUAUGAGUCCAGUUCAUCCACAUCUACAAACACACCUAUGGCAACUACCUAUAAUCAAAAGGGAGACAGUUACAUACCACCCGCCUAUUUACCUCUUAGUCCAGAACAAAAUGAAACUGCUGAACGUCGUAAAUUGAAAUGCAUUUUAACAAAAUUACAUCGCAGUACAGAAGAAAGUAAAAGUCCUGUAACUGGUCGAAAUGAGGAUUCAACAGCAAUGGACAUGUUCAGCAAUAAUUCCUUAAGGGAACCAACAUUGGAAGGUCCGCCCAACAGCGCCCAGAAGGCGAUCCAAGAUGAAUCCUAUAGUGGUUUGCGGCCGUCUAGUGAGCAGCGUGACAAAGCUCUGCUCACAUCUCCUUUGCCUGUACUUGCGGCUUCUAACUUCGAAAAAUGUCCCGAAAAUCGAGCCUUUAUCGAACCUUUUAUGAAAGCUGAGUUGAAACAUCGAAACGCCAUCCAAACCAAUAAUAAUCUGAUGCAACAUUCCUCAAUUCCUUCAAACAGUAAUCAACGUACAACAAAACGGCUGAAAACAACAAUUGCAGAGUCUUUGAGAACAGAAGAUAUUCUAAACAUGGAAGAGAAUUUCAGUAGAGUUUGGAGUGAAAUUAAUAAUGUUAUUAAGGAGCACAUUACUGAAAUGCAUUUAAAAUUCGAAUUACAGUUUUCGGUAAUGGCGCGAGAAGUACGAAAACGCGAUGAAAUUAUCGCGAAUUUGCAGACAAAAAUUAGAAAUAUUGAACUGAAAUCAUCCUCGCCUCGGAAAAAAACAGAAUUUAUGAAUCAAGAUAAACUAAAUACUUUAUGGGAUGAUGCGGAUCCGAAGUCAGAUGACCACGGUAGUUCGAGUUCAUCAGCAGAACUUUUGUUUAUGCGAGGUGACUCAUCGGAUACAGUUUUUUUGUCAUCUCCACCGCAAAUUCAACGAUAUGGCUCUUCGCCUAUUUUUAAUAAGUUCUAUAAGAAUUCAUCUGGAUACAUUUCAACCCGCAGUUUGAAUAAAAACAAAUCGGCGGAAAAUAUUGCAAUUGAGAAGCAACAAAAAGGAAAUUACAUUGUAACUGUUUCAGAUGUAACUGGAAAUUUAAAUAGGUCAGAUAGUGUUGUCCUAGACAUUGGUGAUAGUUCAAGCUCUAGUUCAUCCUCAACCAAACUGAAUGUUAAAUAUGAAGAUUCGGAGCAAAAAAAUGUCGAACGUGUGUUUGAAAAUGUUGAUCAUAACGAUUGGGAAUUGAAAAUGCUGGCUGUGGAAAUGGCCAAACAGGAAAGGAAGCGGGCAAAUUCCACAGAUUUUAAAUAUAGCAAUUCUACUUUACGUCGGCGUCGAAAAUUUAGUGAUACUGAGACCGAUAUUAGUGAAGCAGAUGCAGAUGCUGAAGCUUUAACCUUAUCCAGACCUAGAGCUUCAAGUUUAGAUCAAUUUAAUUUAAGAUACGGUGUUGGAAAAGGCGUUUUUAAAGCAAUAAGUAUUGAUCGUGAUAAAAACAAGCUUUGAGGUUUGCCAAUAUACUAUCUAGGAAUAAAUGUAUUGAUAGAAUCAGGUAACAAGUUUCCAUGGGCUUGAGAAAAGUUAGCGAAUAACAAAGAUGUCUUCAGUGCAGGACCGAGGCAAUGAUAUCGAAAGUAAUCUGAAUCGUGUUAGCAAUGCUAAUAAUCUGAUGGAAAAAUGUUAUCGUGCAAAGAUGUUUCCAAAUAAAAAGGAAAUAAGUAGUAGAGAAGCGUUACGCUUUUAUCUCGGAACCCCUGAAAGUUAUAUGGUUGGUUGGUUGGUUAUAGUGCUUCCCAUUAGACAACACGCAAGUCAAUUAAAUCAUAGAGGCACCAUUUUAUGGCACUGUUCGCGGGUAGUAAUACAUACGUUAUUGGUGCUAAUGGACAUAAUAAGUCAAACCAAUUUGACGCUUUUAAAAAAUUUAGUGACGUUAUCCAAUAUGAUUCCCAAUUAUCACUAGAAUGACGCGCUUUAGAACUAUCUCACCUCCAUGUGUCAGGAAAUAUUGGAUAUACUCCUGUUAUUGUCAAGGCGAUAGUUGCUGCAAGUUCUGACACUUCAGACAGAUCCGAGAGAGCUUCACAGUAUUACUGCUAUCUCACAUUUCUGUCGACAUGCAUCUGAUUGGAAGCGUAGACAAGAGAGAUGACAACUGACUGAGUUAUAUUCUUCUUCGCAUUGAUAGAUUAGCUUGGAUUUAGUUAUAGGUGAUGAUAUAUCGCAUAUCGUUUACUAACUAUUUCUUAAAUGUUGUUGCUCCUGUGGUUUCUUGGCGACAUCAAGUUGUAGAGAAUAUAUGUAUAUCGCUGUCAGCCCAUCUUGAACCUUUAGCCUGAAGAUGACUUUCUUAUCGGCAACUUUAUCUUUCAUUAAUUUCCUUUGAAAUCGGAAGCGUACCCAGCGAAGGUCAUUGCCGAUGUUUGGACUGGCCACCAUAUAGUCCAAAUCCACGGCCAGUAUCUUUUAAAAUCGACCAAUUUCGAAGGAGCUUAUCUAUAUAUAGCAUAGAUAACAUAUCUUAGUUUUAGCGCAUUUGUUAUACUUGCAACUUCUGCUCUUUCCGCAUUAUUUAGUUUGUUGUCACUAUAUUUCCAACUUAAGGUGGAUAAAAUUGGUACACAAUGGUGCUGAAUAUCCACAUCACAAAAUCUAGUCUCAAUCCCCAUCUUCUACUAAAUAUUCGCUUGCUAGCAUGAUUUGUAACACCAGUUCUCAAUUACAAUCUUCGAAGUGAUCUUCCAGCUUAACUGUAGUGACCUAUCUAUACCCUCCAUAAAAAGCUAUAUGAGUUAUCAUGCAGACCGUGCCGGAAAAAGUAGUUUCGAGAAAAACGAGUUUAAACUUUCAAGUGCAUUUCACAACGGCCAGCAGUCUCAAACGAAGGACAGUUACUUGUGCGCAUCAAACUCACGUCGCGCAAUUACAUUUUCUUCCAUAACUUUGUAUCUAUGAGGAAUUUUUACAAUUGACUUCCACAGAAAUACGCCUAAAACUAUAAAGAAUAAUAAUCUGUAAAGAAAUCGACUUUUUGAAAAUUCUGGACGUAUGUAACCCCUUAAGUUCCAAAAAAAUAUUUUGUAUUUUAUGUAUACUGAAACAAAAUAUCACCGGGCCUUAAAGAGUUCACCGCUCUUCAUUUACACCUAAGAGGAGAGAAUUUUUUAUUGGCGCCUGGUUAUUAGCAGGCUACAUACUUUUUGAGAGAGACAUGCAGAUCUGCUAAGGGUGACUUUUGUAGAAGCUGUGAUGUCGAAGAUGAGAAAAACAUCUAUUCCGGGAUUGCGAUCCACUUGUGGGGCAAGGUAAAGAAGGGUUCAAUAGAAAGUACCGGAGCUACUCAGGUUUGUAGCCUCUAUGAGCUGAUUUAAGCAGAACUGGAGGCUUUGGCCCCAUGUGGUAUUACAAAGUGCUCAAUAUGGGACUAUAUGCAUUUCGAGGCAGGUUUGUCACAAGCCACCUCAAUCUAAUCUAGCGCAAGCACAAAGUAUAUGAGUCUUAAAGGCCUAAAAACCUUUGCCGAUUUCUGGUUCCUCCUUCCUGAUUUGCAGAUAAAUGGAUUUUAGUAAUUUGACGCAUACGCCAUCAAUUUCUUUUUUAACUUCAAUCAAAGUCCUUCUAAUCAAAGUUUACAAUUAAAAACCUUUUUCAGUAUUUUUUUUGUUUUUUGUUUUUAUUUUCGGAAAUUUCUUCACUAAUUCAAAAGUAUACUUGUAAACGUAAAUGUACUUUUAGUUGCCACAUUAAAACUGGGAAGUUUGAAGGGUUCCGAGGUAAUGCAUUUUUGUUUUUGCCUACCUCUCCCUUACUAAAGCUUUUUGUGUAUGUUUGUUUUAAGAGUUAUCCAUAUGUAUACUAACUCUAUAGGAACACUAUAAGCAUGACCACAUAUUCUUAAAGUAUCUACAUAUGAGCUCUAUUUGGUAGCGGAAUAAUAAUAAUCUUAAGUCAAGAAUAGAUAUCUUGAGAAGCUCUACAAUUAAUCUAAACGUAGCGUAGUCUCUCUACAAACAAAUUCGAGGGUAGUGCAGCUCAAUAGUUAUAAAAAAGGUACAAUAUAAUGAAUUUCUAUAAAAUUUCAAUUAAAUCUUUCAUAUUUUCCGUUAAAUAUACUUAUGUAGUAUCAUAUUUUCUUUCACUUGAAAUAAUCUAUCAAAAUUUAUAUUAAAAAUAUGACCUGAAAUGUUAUAUUUCUCCGACAGAGUUGUACUAUUUUCGCGCGCAAUAUUUUGCAAAGUUAAGCUAUGAGAUUUUUUUCAGAGCUGUUGAAAAUGCAUUUGCUUUUUUGAAUUGUGUUAAAAUAAUCCAAAGUUAACUGAAAUUUAAAAUUGCCUUCAAACCAAUAUUCAGUAGACGAUAAAAGUAUCUAUGUAAAAUAUUAGAUAAAUAAGUUAGUUUGUAUCAAAAAUCACGGAUCAAUUACAAAGAAAAAAACAUGGCGUUGAUUACGAAUUCGGAGCCAAGCAGGAUUUUUUUUUUUUAAAUUUUCGUAGAUAAGCCUAUACGACUUUCUCCUUGUAAUUUUCAAUAAGAGUCCGUUAUUUGAUUUGGAAAAGAUCAUUAAAACUAAAAGUUAACCAUUAACCCUUAACCCGAUCUUUAAUCGCUGCACUAUGUCAAAGUCGCCGCGAAGUUCAUACACCAUCGUCUGCGAUAUUCGUCGUCGCCAGCGCGUAAAGGUUCAAUAAUCUUCCGCAAAAUCAUUCUCUCCAACAUUCCUGGAGGCACGCCAUCGGAUGUAGCCGUCGUCCAAGCUUCAGCGGGCAUGGUGAGAGACUUAUAAAGUGUGGUUUUUGUCCGUCGUGAGAGGAAUUUUCUAUUCAAUUGCCCACUUUUAGUAGUCCAAAGAAUCACUUGUUGGCAAAGAGAUUUUCCAUUGGACUUCAAGGCUAACAUUAUUAGGUGUGUUAAAGCUUCACUUGUCCUCAUUCGCUUCUUUAUCAAGCUUAGAAAAGGUGGAAAUAACGCCAGCAAAUGUACGCCCUUAUAAUAUAUGGUGCCUGGGCGAUUAAAUUCUGAGACUCACAAAUAUCAAAAGCAUUAGGUCAAAGAAGUCACACGAAAGAGAGUCAAUCUGUCUGAAACUUUGUUUCAAAUAACUCGGAGUGGUCCUUCUCAAUUUCAACGGAACCGCUGGUACUGCUCAACGUCAGUUAGCACAGCCAUAUUAGUUUGGAUACCAAAAUCAGACAUCGCGGCAUAUAGGCAACUCCUUUUCAUGCUGUCGAAAGCGGCUUUAAAAUCUAUGAUACUAACAGAUGGUGUGUUUCGAUUCUGAUUUCAUGGGUAUUUUCCAAAACUUAGCGUGUUGUAAAUAGCUGGUCAAUUGGGGAUUUUCCAGAUCUGAAGCCACACUGAUAAGAUCCAAUUAGUUGGCCGGUGGUUGGUUCUAGUCUUUCGCACAAUACGCUCGAUAGGACCUUGUAUGCGAUAUUUUGAAGACUUGGGUAGGGCAUUACAUAUUGAGCCGACACGUUAUUUUAGCUGUCAAAGUCCAAAAUAUCGACAGAUUAAAUUCCAACCGCAAGCCUGACAGGGUGGAGAGAAGGCAUACUUGGUAUUUGAAGUACUCCGUCAAGUAAGCGAACAUCUCGCGUACUUUGCGACCGUCGGCUACGCCAUUUUCGAAUAGUCUGCUCAGUAUUGCAAUAUUCGGUUUUCAUAAUUUUUUGUGUUGCGGUAAUGUAACUCUCAUUAACUAUGCUUCAAUACUCCCUCAAGAUAGCUGCCAAACAACAACAUUGUGUGUAAAUAUGGCGCUAGUGGGGCUCCCAAUACCUCGUUAUGACUUUUAUUGUUAUUUUGCCUAUUAGUAUUCCUUACAUAAGGAGUGUAUUAUUAAAAAACUUUGACAGUGUGCUAAUCUUAAAAAAUAGUAAGCGUUAUUUUUUUUUUGUAAAGUCGCACAACCAGCAUACAUAUAUGCAAUGGCAUACAAAAACAGUGAUUUAUUAUAAUUAGAGCAUUAAUAUAAGUUAAAAUAACAACCCAACUGCUUGGCGCAUUAUAUUAUAUAAUUUAAUUAACACCUUAGUUUUUUUUUUGGUAGAUGCUAAAUCUAAUACGCCUUUUUGAAAUUACUAUACGGCCAUACAAAAUUAGCACAAUUUUUUAAGCUAAAUAGUUCAUAAAUAAUAACUAGAACUAUUCGCAUUGUUGCCAAAAUAAUUAAGGGGUUAUGAGAUCGCUAGUUUUUGGAACGUUCAUCACAAAUUGAGAAAUUCUAUGAUAAAUACAUAUAUAUGUAUGUGCAAAUAAAAAACAAAACUGUUAGUGCCAAAACUGGCUCUUUAUUCGUAUCAGUAUCAAUGCCGAAUGGAACGACAAACUACAAUUUUUGUUAUUAUUAUAGAAAUAUAAUAUUUAUAACUGCGUUGCACGAUGAAGUUAUAGUCAAGUGGGCCAAAUUUAGUAUAUUAUUGUAAUAAAAGUAUAUUUUACUUAGAAACUAGUCGAGAUUUGUAAGAUUUUAAUUAUUUACUGAAGUUAUACUGGAAUAGCCUUUAGUAUUCCGGUAAUAUUGUAUAUUGUAAUAGAAAAUAACUACGUAAACAGAAAUAAUAUUAGGAAUAUUAGAAGCCACGAUGAAUGCCAAAUUUAUUAAAAAGCAAACAGCUACUCUGACACUUGGAGUGAGUGAAUAAAUUUGAACAAAUUUAUUGUAACAAAUUAUGAACUUAUAAGAAUUAGCAAUGUAAAUACAAGUUACUUUAUUUUACGAAGUAUUAUAAUGUACAUACAUAAAACAAUUAGGAUAUUGAAAACUGACAGCUUUAAUAACUUAUAGUAAAAUUAUAAAAACAUAUUCAAAACGUUACAUUUAUAAUAAAUUAAUAAAAACCAGCAUGCGUAUGUAUGUGCGUAAACCUGUACUUUCAGUAUUACAUAUUCACAAUAAAAUUUUAUAU